UGUUAGGAACAGCAGUCUGGUAAACUGGAUGGUGACACAGGCUGGAAUAAGACAUGUGGAGAAAAAAAAAAAGCAAACUCAAAAAGGAAACAGAUAGAGGAAGAUUGUCCAGCUGCAUACCAAUGACUCGUGGUGUGAAGUACUAAUAACAACGAUGUCAACCGAGUUUUUGCCCACUAUCUGUUCUGUAUGAGAAAAUAACAUGCUCCAACACCUGAAAACCCCUUUAUAGUUAGAUGCCUGGAAAAAAUGUACAGGAUUUGAAACGCUUGGUGUGCAGAUUGGGUCACCUGCACUGAAAUAAAAAAGAAAAAAUGAUGAAAGCAGAAGCAUCAGGAGAAAGAUCAACCCUUCGAAGUGCCUCUCCUCACCGGAAUGCGUACAAGACUGAAUUUCAGGCUCUCAAAAGCACGUUUGACCAGCCCAGAAUCGAUGGAGAUCAAAAACCAAAGACAGGAACUCAGAACACUCAGCAGACUAGAGGGAGAAGAUAUGGCUCCAAUGUCAACAGGAUCAAGAAUAUAUUUAUGCAGAUGGAAUCGGGACCAAAUGAGAGUACUGGGACUCCUUCUAAAGCGAAAGUAAAAGCAGGGACUCCAUCUCCUCAAAAGAUACAAAAACCAAAAGACUUUGUGGAUAAAAGGGAUGGAUCUAUUGUAAAAGUUGUAACCACAGUUGGCAAACAGAUUAGCAAAUCUGACGCAUGUCGGGAUGGACCCUGUCACUCCAAAUUCUUUGAAACGCGAAAGAUGUUUGAGCAGACCAUCCGUACAACAUCUGAAUACCGUUCUUUAAACAAGGACAGAAAAGGUUCUCAAGAGUGUCUGGAUGACUGGAGGGUAUCCCGUUCUAACAGAAGCAGCACAGAUUCUCUGGACAGCUUGUGUUCAAGGACAGAGGCUUCUUCUCCAACAGUAAACCAGCUCAGCGCAGUGUUUGAAAAUGCUCAACAACAAAAUGGAAGCUUGUUUGAAAAGACUGAUGAUGGGGGACACAACACACUUAGUGAGGAGGACUCUAGCCUGCAGCAGUCGCAAGUUAAAAAAAAUCAGGAUUUUGUUGAGUGUAAACAAAUAAUUCCACCUUCAUCAUCUUCAGAGGACUUCUUAAGAUCCAGUCCUUUGUCAGAUAAAACAGAAGAAAUGGGUCAGCUGGGAACUGGGGGGCAAGACGAAAAUGAAUUUGUUCCUAGUAACAAUGUUGAUUUAGACCCUUUGUCUAGCACUAGACCAGUGGGAACAGUGACAGAUACAGAUUGUCCAUUAUCACAAUGUCCUGACCUCCAAGACAAAUCAAAGAGAACAACUGCACAGAAUGAAAUGGUGGUGGGUCAAAAGGAAUUAACAGGAAGUGAAGACGUCUUAGUUUGCUUUGAGACUGAGAUCAACACUGAGGGUACUGGCUUCAGCUCUACCUGGAUUUCUGAUGACCAGGUAAAUGACUUGCAUGUAGGAUACACAGAAAACAAGAAGAUAGAUGAUACUCCGGAUAGAGACAUUUGCAAUCAGGGUUGGGGUGAAAGCUAUACAGAACCUGAGGAUCAAGAAGGCAGUGAUGAGAUCAACUAUUUUGAACUGGAUAACGAGACUUGGGAAAUCCCUGGCUUGCCUGAAGAAGUAGAAAAAGAAGAUGAGAUCCCAGCAAAUAGAAAAAUUCGAUUUAGCACAGCUCCAAUCAAGGUCUUCAAUACAUAUUCAAAUGAAGAUUAUAACAGGAGGAAUGAGGAGGUGGACCCAGUGGCUGCCUCAGCGGAAUAUGAGCUUGAAAAGCGCGUGGAAAGGCUGGACCUUUUCCCUGUCGAGUUUGAAAAAGAUGAAGAAGGCCUUGGUAUCAGUAUCAUUGGCAUGGGAGUUGGAGCUGAUGCAGGUCUGGAAAAACUUGGCAUUUUCGUCAAAACGGUCAUAGAAGGAGGAGCAGCUCAGAGGCACGACAGAAUCCAGGUUAAUGACCAGAUUGUGGAGGUGGAUGGAAUCAGCCUGGUGGGGGUAACACAGAACUUUGCUGCUGCUGUCCUGAGAAACACAAAAGGCACAGUCAGAUUCCUUAUUGGACGAGAAAAACCAGGACAGACCAGUGAGGUUGCUCAUUUAAUAAGCCAGACUCUGGAGCAAGAGCGACGUCAGAGAGAGAUGAUGGAGCAGCACUACGCACAGUAUGAUGCAGAUGAUGAUGAGACAGGGGAAUACGCCACAGAUGAUGAAGAGGAUGACACAGCCCCAGAACUCAAAGGUGCAAAAAUGGCAAUAGAAGUUUUUGACCUGCCUGAAACAGAGGACAUGUUUUCCCCAACAGAGCUGGACACCACAAAACUUUCCCAUAAAUUCAGAGAGUUACAAAUCAAGCAUGCCGUCACAGAAGCAGAAAUCCAGAAGCUGAAGCACAAGUUGCAGACUGCAGAAAAGGAGAAAGUCCUGUGGGAGUGUGAGAAGAACCAGCUGAAACAAAGCAUUGAGGACAACAAGAGCAGGAUGCUGCAGCUGGAGAGUUACUGGAUUGAGGCACAGACACUCUGCCACACCGUCAACGAGCAUCUCAAAGAGACCCAGAGCCAGUACCAGGCCCUGGAGAAAAAAUACAACAAAGCAAAGAAACUCAUAAAAGACUUUCAGCAAAAGGAACUAGAUUUUAUCAAACACGAAGAAGUUGAAAGAAAGAAGUUUGAAGACACAGAGAGAGCACACCUGAUAGAGAUCAAGGGACUGCAAGCCCGGAAUGGAGCUCAGGUGAACAACAACAAUAACACUGCAGAGAGCCGGUCCUUCCACGGGGUUGUGAGGAGAGGCCCCUCACAAGAAGCGAUAGAAAGCUUAGAAGGAGGGCAGAUGUCUUGCCAGACUGGCCCAAAUGGGGAUUUUAAUGAAGCCGUCCCUGAAACAGAGAGGCUAGACAGCAAUGUGUUGAAGACACGGGUGCAGCUUUCGGUGAAGAGUAAAAGACACAGACCCUCCCGAGCCAGGCUGCGGGACAGCGUCAGCUCCACUGAUGAGGAGGACAGCCUGGAGAGGAGGGCUUCAGAUGGUUCUGGCAGCCCCAUGCACAGUGCCAGGUCUCCUCUCUCUGCGACUCUGAGAACACGUUCACCUGCAUCAGACUCAGACACCUGCACCCUGUUCACUGCGGCCCUCUCAUCUGAGUGUACACCAAAAAACCAAGAGGAAGUGCAAGAGCAGGCUGGGAAGACACCUGCAGACACACCCACAUCACCCCCCUGCAAGUCCUGCUGCAGCUCGGAUGCAUCUCUGCACAGUCAUCCACAGCGGAAUAAAGAAGAUGCUGUUGUUAGGAAACUGACUGUGUUGAACGUGUCUGACUUUGCAGAUCUUCAGUCUCCAGUGCGUUCCAGCCCUCACCUCGGACAGGAAGAAAAGACAAAAAGGAAGCUUAUUGAUCUUGGGGCUCCCCAGCGACGGAGCUCUGGCAAAGGGAAGAAGGGGAGAGAAAAUGAUAAAGAAACUAAAAGCUUGUCAUCUGGAAGCAGGGCAUCUACGGAGACCCAGGAACGCUCAAUGAGUACAACGUCUUCCUCCCCCCUGCCUCCUUGUGUACCGCUCUCCUGGUUUGGAGAAGGGGUCAAGGAUUAUGCAUCAUCAAGCAACUUUCCCUCUCCCACUAGCUCGACAGAGCCUUCUUCUGAAAACAGCCCAGAAAAACACAAAGCUAAGAGAGUCCUGCACUGGCCACAUUUCUUCUCACAGUCAUAUAACGUGAAUUUCAUUGAUGAUUUAAGUCCCAGUAGCACAAGCUCUACAAAUGUUGGUGGUUUGGUAGCAGAACCUAAAAUAACAGGUCGAUCGCACACCUUGGUUUUGUCUUCGGAUGAGAGCUUGGAUAUGAUAGAUGAUGAGAUUCUUGAUGAGAGACAGUCACCCAAACAUAACCAGUGGCAGAAUCGAACUGUUCUCGAAUGGAGCUGCCAGCAAGUCUCACAUUGGUUGAUGGGACUAAACUUGGAACAACACAUACCAGAGUUCACUGCCAAAAACAUUGAUGGGGAGCAGCUUCUUCAGCUAGAUGGGAGCAAACUGAAGUCCCUUGGUGUGGCUACUUCCCAAGACCGAGUACUCCUAAAAAAGAAAAUUAAAGACCUGAAGGUAUUCAUGGAGAAGGCUCGUAAGACCAGAGAGAAACUGGAAAAACACAGGGAAAAGCUACGCAAGAAAGAACAAGAGCAUCUGCAGAAGCAAGCUAAAUGAGGCAUAGCCCUUAGCACGACCAACAGAGGGCAGCACUGAGUAAAACGUCAACCACACUGAUACAGUAUUUGUUGUUUACCAGAAAAGGGGCAAGAUCUGGAGAGAGACUAUUUUUUCCCAGUCAACUGUGCUUUUGAGGAUUGUGAUACCUGAAAGACAAACCUGGACCUUAAUACUACAGUAUUACUAAUGCUCUUACAAAACUUGGGGGUAAGGUGGACAUUCAGAUGUCCAUCUAUUGCUUCAGUUAUUU